GCGACGAUGCUGGAGACGCUGGGGGAGCGCGGGCUGCUGCUCGUGAGGGACAGCGCCGACUCCGAGGGGCGGAGCCUCCUGAGGGCGAUCGCCAGCGAGGCCGUGGCCAGGGCCGAGCAGGUGCUCGUGGUGCUGCUGGAGGUGCCUCGGGAGCAGUUCCAGGAGGGGCUGAGCCCCCACGUCAGGGAGCGGCUGCGGUUCCUGGAGCUGUUCCGGGACCCCCUGGGCUGGCUGGGCCGGGACCCCCCGGGCCCGGGGGGGCUCCUGGGGGGGCUGCGGGGGGGGCGGGGCCGCGGCCCCUCCCCCACGCUGCUGCUGCUGGACUCGCUGAGCUGGGCGCUGCUGCGGGAGCCCCUCCCCCACCUGGGCCCCGCCCUGCUGGGGGGAGGGGCGGGACCCCCGGAAGAGCCCCCUCCCCGCAUUGUGGCGCUGCUGCACCAGGAGCUGCACCCCCCCCCGGUGCUGGCCGCUCUCGGGGGGCUCGCCCGGGCCCAGCUCGUCCUGGGGGGGCCCCCCGAGACCCCCGGGGCCCCCCGGAGGCUGCGGCUGCUGCGGGACCCCCGGAAAGGGGGGGGAGCCCUCCAGGAGACCCUCACCCUCCUCCCCGACGGCUCCUUGGGGGGGCCCCCCCAGCCCGACCCCCCCCCGGCCCUUGGGGACCCCUCCCCAAAUUGGGGAGACCCCAAAAAGCCCCAAAAAGCCCCAAAUUCGGGAGGGACCCCCCUGACCUUUGGGGCUGUCGGGGGCCGAGCAGGGGGCGAGGGCGGCGCUGACCCCCGUACCUGCCCAGGGCCGAGCCCGAGGCGCCCCCCGAGGACCCCGAGGAUCCCGACGAGGACCUGGAGCUGUGACCCCCCCGGGAACCCCAAAUUUGGGGGAAAAUCCCCAAAAACGGAGCCCAAUAAAGGAGCUGCCCCUCCCCCACCCUGCCCUGCUGCUUUCGGGGCAAAAUCCCAAAAGUUUGGGAAAAAAUCCCCAAUUUAGGGGCGAAA